CCGCGGCCUGGGGCCGGGGCUGGAUGGGGGCACCGGGACAGUUCCCCACCUUGAAGGUCAUCACUCCCAAGCACAGCAGCCCUGGAGAGGGGGAGGGGACAGCCUGGUGACGUCAGUGUGGAGCUAAAAACAACGGAGGGCCCAUGUAAUGCCCAGAGCCGAGCUGUCCUGAGCUGCUGUGGUCCAGCCACCUGCCUGUCCACACACGCCCCACACAGCCUGCCAGCACCGCCACCAUGGAGUCCCGCGGGAAGUCGGCCAGCAGCCCCAAGCCCGAGACCAAGGUGCCCCAGGCUGGUGCAGAGGUCAGAGGCCCCCCCACCACAGACGGGAAAGCCCCCUCAGCCAAGCCUGGGAAGAAAGAGGCCCAAGUGGAGAAGCAGGAGCUGCCGGCGGGCCCCGCCCCACCACCUGCCAAGAAGACUCCGGGCAAGGCAGACCCCGCCCUUCUCAACAACCACAGCAACCUGAAGCCAGCCCCCGCGGCCCCCAGCAGCCCCAGUGCCACCCCUGAGCCCAAGGGCCCUGGAGAUGGGGCUGAGGAAGACGAGGCCCCCAGUGAGGGCCCAGGGGGCCGAGGUCCCUGCCCCUUCGAGAACUUGACCCCCCUGCUGGUGGCUGGGGGGGUGGCUGUGGCAACCGUAGCCCUGAUUCUUGGUGUGGUCUUCCUGGCUCGAAAAAAAUGAUGGCUGGUACCCAGGUGGGGGUCCACCAGUCCCUGUACAGACCUUGGGAGUCUAGUGCAUGCCGAAUUCACAUACAGCUAUCUGCCCAUAUGUACACAGGUAACACAUGUAUAGACGUACACACAGACCGAGAGGUGGACAGGCCCGGGCAGUGGAAGCCAGACCCCGGCUGGCCCCCGGCGCUUCCCCUGCACCCUCUGGGGCAGAAGGAGCCUGGGCUUGGGUGCUGGGCAGCACAGGGUGGAGCGCUGACACCGGCCAGAGGGCUCAAGGACAGGGCACCGGGGGGCAAUGGAAGUGGGGGAUGCUCCUGUGUCAGCCUGUCCUGAGAGGCCCCAGUGAUCCCGGGGGCCCCCAGCACGGGAGGGAGCCCCCAGGUCGGCAGGGGUCCGGGAUGGGCUCUGACCCGGCCCAGCCCCUGUGUGGGGACAUUAAAGGGUGUGGCUGUUUCA